AUGACUUCUGGAGGUAAUCACAUUUUGGAGAUUCAAGAUAUAUCCAAGGUAGAUAUAAACUGCUAUCAAUUUUUAGACUGCCUUUGAUACUACACCUGAAUUUUUUAUAUCACUACAUUAUUAUGAUUGGAGGUUAGAAUUACCACACAGAUUACUUGUCGAAGUUACCCUUAUAACAAGAACAGGUAAAUAAUUAAAAUUAUCAUUUUUAAAAGAUUUCUAUUGAACACUCUUGCAGUAGCUGCUUCUUAACUUUUUGCAAUAAGAAUUUAAUUGUUUGCAUUUUAGGAUUCUAGAAUUUCUGUUAUAACAUUCUAAUAAAAUAAUGUAUACGAACUUUAAACUGGUAUAGGGGAUAGAACAAUAGCGUUUUCAAAAAAUCAAGAGUUUAAAGAUGCAACAAAUGGAUCAAUAUCUUUGAAUUGUGUGAAGCAUAUAAAGAGUAAUCGAAUAGUGGAAGUCAAAGUAAAUUGUUAAUAUAUACAAUUUUAGAUUGAAUAAGUAUAAUCAUAAAGUAUUGAUUUUUCUGUUAGUAUUUAUUAAGAUUCAUAAAUAGAAUAUGUAAGAUUUAAUAUUUUAUUGGGUACGGAUCAAUCAUUAGGGUCAUCUUCUGUUUAAGCUGAAAUUUUCAAUCCUCCAUAAUAUGGAAAUGUUUAUGGAAACUAUGAUAUUUAAGCAGACAAGCAACUUUUCUGA